UGGCGGCGGUGGCUGCGGCGGCAGCUGAGGAGCGCGGCGCAGCGGGGCGGGCGGCCCAUGGGGUCGGGCCGCGCUGCGGAUGGAGCCGCUGCGCAAUGGCGGCAGCGCGGAGGAAAAGCCGCGGCGGCGAGGCGGAGGUGGGGGUACGGCCGAGGCCGGAGCCCCGAGGCGGCGGAGCAGCGGCGCGGCGGGGGUUGACAGCGCGGCGGGGCCGCAGCCCCGCGAGCGAGGCGGCUCCGUCAGCCGCCAGCGCCGGGACUCGGUCCGCAAGAACCGCCCGCUCUUCCCUUGGUUUGGCCUGGAUAUCGGAGGCACCUUGGUCAAACUGGUGUAUUUUGAACCAAAGGACAUCACAGCUGAAGAAGAGGAGGAAGAAGUGGAAAACCUGAAGAGCAUCCGGAAAUACCUGACCUCCAACGUAGCCUACGGCUCGACAGGCAUCCGGGAUGUGCACCUGGAGCUGAGGGAGCUGACCCUGUGUGGGCGCAAAGGCAAUCUGCACUUUAUUCGCUUCCCUACCCAUGACAUGCCUGCUUUUAUUCACAUGGGCAGCCAGAAGCACUUCUCCAGCCUCCACUCCACCUUAUGUGCCACGGGAGGGGGAGCCUACAAAUUUGAGCAGGACUUUCGCACAAUGGGUGACCUUCAGCUGUGUAAGCUGGACGAGCUCGACUGCCUUAUUAAAGGGGUUCUCUACAUUGAUUCCGUUGGCUUCAACGGGCGCUCCGAGUGCUACUACUUUGAGAACCCAACGGAUGCUGAACGCUGUCAGAAGCUCCCAUUCAACCUGGAGAACCCCUACCCUCUGCUUCUGGUCAACAUUGGCUCAGGGGUCAGCAUUUUGGCUGUGUAUUCAAAGGAGAACUACAAACGGGUAACGGGCACCAGCCUUGGGGGAGGAACCUUCUUUGGUCUCUGCUGCCUUCUUACUGGCUGCUCCACCUUUGAAGAAGCCCUUGAGAUGGCAUCCCGUGGAGACAGUACCAAAGUGGACAAACUGGUGCGGGACAUUUAUGGAGGAGACUACGAGCGAUUCGGCUUGCCAGGCUGGGCUGUAGCCUCCAGCUUUGGAAAUAUGAUGAGCAAGGAGAAGAGGGAAUCUGUCAGCAAAGAGGACCUCGCCAAGGCCACCUUGAUAACCAUCACCAACAACAUUGGCUCCAUAGCACGGAUGUGUGCGCUCAACGAGAACAUCAACCGAGUGGUGUUCGUUGGGAAUUUCCUCCGGAUCAACACCAUCUCCAUGAGGCUCCUGGCCUAUGCUCUGGACUACUGGUCCAAGGGACAGCUGAAAGCACUUUUCCUGGAACAUGAGGGUUAUUUUGGUGCAGUUGGUGCUCUCCUGGAACUGCUGGAUUCAGCCUGACCCUGGGCAGAGCUGCACCUGUGUCACUAAAGCCACGUUUUGCUUCCAAGUGUCUGCUCAGUGGAGCAUCACCCACCCUGAGAAGGCAAGGAGUGGUGUUUGUGUUUGUGUUUGAAGUCACCUUCCACGGCAGCACAGCUUUGGCCAGAGGACUUUGGACCUGGAUGUGCUGACUGGAGGUGGCAGCUGUGUCUGCAGCAUCUGUGAGGUGUUCAGCGACUGACAGCUGAGAGCCCUUUCUGCCUUCAGUGGUGGGGAUGUCCCUGCAGCUGUGCACUGCAUCGAGGGGCCUGUGGGUGCUGAGUGUCUGCAGUGGUUUGUGUUUGCACAGGGAAGGGAAUUGUCUGUAAAGGGGAGGGAGCAGCAUGGCACUGGCACCUCUGUUUCCUCUGUGCCACUUCCUGCUGGGCACCAGCAGGCUGUCAGGGAGCUUCAGUGCCCCUUCCUGCUGCUCCUCACUGAUUGUGUGCCAGAGACAGGGUGAGACACAAACGCUGUCUCUGGUUGGCUCCCAGUUUGGCCUGUUCCACCCUGUACAGACCACAGCACCCAUCAGGAGUCUGUCAGCCUCCCAGCUCGUGAUCCACCAGAAGCAAACGUGAGGAUGGAACUCUGUUGGCUUUUUGUUUGGUUUUCCUUUUCCCUUCCUCUGCUCUGAAACCUGGCUGCACAUAACUGUACCAAAGAGCUCCUUUCUUCCAGUUCCACGCUGGGGAUCUUCUCUGCCAUGCCCCAUUUUGCAUUCAUUACCUGGCCAUAGCUCCAAGGGAAGCCUCUUCCUCCCCUGUUCUCCUCUCCAUAUCUUCCCUGCACACCACCCUGCAAGCAGCUGCCAGCUGAGUGCUGCUGUUUGCAGCCCCUGGAGCCAUUGUGGGCUUGGAGAUGGCUGAGUGAGCUCUGAAUAAAGGCAGUGGAGAUGCUGGCAGCGGGCAGCAGUUUGCAGAAGAGAAGCAGCACGCCCAAGGUUUGUUGUCUCAUCUUCCUUCUGUGUCUCCUGCUUUUUGAUGAUGCAGAUUGGACCUUGAGUUGUGAUGAAGGAGGUCUGGAGUGCACAGAGUGCUCCUCUUGUGGAGGCUGUGCUGGUAGCACCAGUGCAGGCAGGGAGUGUGAAGAGCUGCUUCUCUGAAGAGCACAGCAAUAGGUUCAUGGUGUGAGUUGGCCUGCAAAGGACCUUCAAAGAUCCUCUAGUCCAUGGGCUGGGACACCUGCAACUAAACCAGUUUGCUCAGGGCCCUAUCCAGCCUGGCCUUGAACACCUCCAGGGAUGGGGCAUCCACAGUUUCCUAGGCAGACUGCACCUGGGACUUGCUUUAUUUUCAGUACUCAUGAAACCACACAAAGGAUGCCCCAGGGAAGUGUACAAACCCAGCUCCACUUGGAGCUGCUGCCUGCAGGUGCCCUAAGCUUGACUCUUUCUCAGCCCCAGGUCUCCAUCCUCGCAGUCACAGCCUGGGCCCUGGUGUAACUCGUGGAAAAGAAACAUGCUUUGCUUUUUGGAGCUGUCCUUGUGCCAGGAGCUGCUUCUCUCUGCAGUGUGGUGCUUCUGUGCUGCACUGGGCUGGUGAGGACUAGGUGGGUUUUACACAGACCAUGUCGGUGUGGGGAGGGUCCACCAGCCUGCCCCAGGUCCUCAUCCCACAGAGAAGAGCUGCUGUUUGCCUUCAGCAUUGGCAGCUUUUGGGAGCUGAAGAAUGACCAAAAGAAGCAGCAGCUUUGAUACUGCACAGAAGGGAGGUGCAGAGAGAUGAAGAACCUCUGCAGAGGGAGGGACCUCUACAACCCUACAGCUCAACCUACAAGUCUUAGUCAGCUGAGGAACCUCUGCAGAGCUGAGAAACAUCCAUGGUGUUGAGGAACCUCUACAGGACUUGGGAGCCUCUGCAGAGCUGAGAAAGCUGCAGGGCUGAGGAACCUCUGCAGAGCUGAGGAACCUCCAUAGCAGCACAAAUCAGCCUCCAAGUCCCUAGGCAGGCUGGUGUCCCUAGGAGCAGCAUCCUACUGGUUCUCCACUGUUGCUUCUCCACUUCUCUGUGUGUCACUCCUGCUGUGGCCUCUGCGUGGCCCCUGUGCUGUCUGCUGUCCAUCACCAAAGUCCCUGAUGUAUUUCUUUUGUAAACUGAUUUUUUUCUCUCCUA